CAGUAUUUCACCAUUAUUCUCUACACCUCUCUUCAUCCUCUUCUCCUUCAUCUUCAAUCCACAGUCCCCAGUGGACUUAGUCAGCCCAUCCACGCGCCCAACUAUCCGCCUACCAUCGCUCCUGUCGCUCCGACCGUCGCUGAGUUGCGGUCAUCGUGUUGCAACCUCUCCACCGACGAUGGCGCCACCCGAAGCUGAUGUAUCGCCGUCUCCUACAUCUGCUUUGACAUUGCCGACUACCCUUCCCGCAUCUCCCCCGCCCACCAUGCUCAACGAGGCAGCAGCUGCGCCAUCCAGUGGCGCGUCAUCGCCUUCUCGUAUCGCCACCCUGGACGCCACCUCCACUACCCCCGCCCCCGAUUCCCUAGAAGCAGACGAUGUCCAGAUGUCGAAUGGCGACGGUCACCAGACGCUCGAAGGCCCCAUUACGGCCCCGCCUUCCGUGGUCGAGGAGAAGCUGCUCUUGCUCAUGAAAUGGGCAGGCAAGUCAUUUGAGCUGGUGGCCAGCUCGAGCGACCUCGUGUAUGACCUGCGUGCCCAAAUCGAGGCGCUCACCGAGGUGCCGGCCGAUGCGCAAAAGAUCAUGGGCCUCACAAAGGCCAAGUUGAGCUCGGAUGCGGACGGGUUACGUCUCGCCGCAGUCGGCGUGAAGAACGGCGCGCGCUUCCAAAUGGUCGGUACGCCCGUCCACCUGCGCUUCAAGGAGCGCGUAGGGCCCCCGCCUCCCGACGACGGGCUUGAUAUCAAUUACCCAGCCCGUGGUCGGGACGGUCGAUAUGUUGCACCUGAGGAAGACCCGCGCAAUCUACGCAAGGUGGCUGAGCUCGUCAAGAACUAUCCCAUCACCAUCAUUAAUGAAGCGCGUCCAGGGAAACGGCUGCUUGUCCUCGACAUCGACUACACCAUCGUGGACACUCGGCCUCUCAUCGAUGGGGCACUCCCACCAAUAGAGUGCGCGCGGCCUGGGCUACACGAUUUCCUGGAGCUUGUGUACCCGCACUACGAUAUUGUGAUGUGGAGCCAAACGCACUGGCGCUGGCUAGAGACCAAGCUCGUCGAGCUGGGAAUUCUCGGAGGCGAUGCGUCGUAUAAGAUCUGCUUCGUGGCCGACCGCACCACGAUGUUCCCGAUUUUCAGCCAGCGCUAUGGGCAGAUGAUCAAGCACGAAGUCAAGCCUCUGGCAUACUUCUGGGCACAAUUUCCUCACUGGUCGGCGAAGAAUUCUAUCCACAUAGAUGAUCUUGGUCGCAACUUCGCCCUCAAUCCAGGAGAGGGACUCAAGAUUCGAGCGUUCAAAGGAGCUGGCACGCUUGAGGGCGCGUCCGAUCGCGAGUUGAAGAAGCUAGGAAGCUAUCUCAUAGACAUCGCACAGACAACUGAUGACUUUACAACGAUCGACCACUCGCGCUGGAAGAAGUGGCGCCGCCGCCGGGAGGCUGAGGCGCGCGAGAAUGAGGCUGCCGCGGAGGCGGAGGCAGACACAUCGGGUCCGGCAGCUUAGCUUGGUCGUUGUCGCACGCCAAGGCAGAGAGGUUAAAGAAUUGACUUGUCUCAAAUGUUGGGGAUCUCUGCAGGAUCGGGGAGGGUUGACAGCAUAUCAUUGUCACAGUAGCAUAGCAGACAACAGUUGUAUAUAUCUGAGUACGUGCAGAUGCAUGUUCGGCAGGUCAUCGAGGGGAGCUUGUC